GUGCGCAGGCGCGAAGAGUUGUACACAAUUUCGUCGUCAAGUGCGAAAGAAGUUGAAUAAACUCCUAUUUUCGUUGAUCAAGCCAUGCGAGAAUGCCCCAGAAGAUACCAUUUCGUGUAAUUCACGUGUCUGGCCAGGAUGAUGUGUACAAGGCUGUUGAAUUGAACAGCCACAGUCCUACCACAAGAGGAUGGCAAUCACAGAGGUUCUGCUUGUAUCCUCAAGAUCUUGUCAUUCAGUUAGAUGAGCGUGUACGACUGAGGAAAAUUCAACUUCUAUCUCAUCAGUUUCUUAUUCCCACCAAAAUCGAAUUCUAUGUUGGGGAUGUGCCUGACGGAACCGGAAUGAACUUACAGAAUGCCAGAUAUACUCGGCUGGGGUAUGUCUCCGUGUCAGACAACGAGAAGACUGGGUACAAAGCACGUGAAUUGAAGUCCGUCCACGUGGAUGCCAUGGGUGUCUACCUCAAGCUAGUCAUCCAUAAAAACCACGUGAACAAGCAUAAUCUCUACAAUCAGGUUGGCGUCAUUGCCAUCAAUGUAAUCGGAGAUUCCCUCGAUAAAAAUAAUGAUAAUGACGAGGUGUAUCUUCCAACUGAGAGGGAUGCGAGUAUGGACCCUGUGCUGGCGGGUAUCUUCAAUCGUCCCGACUACAUCUCGCCGCUCGAUGACCUCGCUUUCGACAUGUACCAGGAUCCAGAAGUCGCCCAGAUCAUUCGCAAAUUGGAAAGAAAGAAACAGGAGGCUGUCUUGCAGGAGAGAUACGACUAUGCGAAAAAGUUAAAAACAGCAAUAACCGAAUUGCAAAAAGUGGGUGAACGGCUGGGCAAAUAUGAAGUGGAAAAGCGCCAAGCUGUCGAAAAUGAAGAUUAUGAUAAAGCCAAACUUAAAAAGAUCCAGAUGGAUGAGUUCCGUUUGCAGAUUUAUAAAGAGUUAGACAUCCAUGAUCUAUUGGAAGUAGCUGGUUCAAGACAUCCUAAGGCUGUUGACUUCACUCCCCGCCAGCCGACGCCGGUUAAACUUCAGGAACUCUCACAUUCACCUCUGCCUCCAAAUAGUUAUGAUGAACGACCCUUACCCUCAACGAAAAGUGUUAAAACAAGAACUCCAUCACCCAGAGCCCAGGCACCGUUUGAUGAAGAUGAUGAUGGACAAGGAGCCAUCACUGGAGAACCUGAAGCUAUGACCGAGAAAGAUUUACGGGAAGCUUCGUCAGUCAUCGAUGUGUUUGGUCUUCCCCUUGUGACGAAGGCGUACUCUAAAACGUGGUCGUUCCGUGAAGAUGCACUGCUCUCCAUCUAUAAACAGAUGCAUGAACUGCCUGACGACGCAACACGAGAGGAUGCCAAGUUUAUGAUGCGUGCAGCGAUACACCUGGUUGUCCGUGGUAUCAAGGAUGAAGUAUUUGCCGUUUUCAAAGCGGCGUUGAAUCUGCUGAAAUAUAUCCUCACCGACUUCAUCAUUCAACAUAAAAUUCAUAAACCCGAAACUCACACAGCUGCUGAGAAAGCAUUAGCCCCUCUGCUGCAGAAGACUGGAAAUACUGCUGUUCGACACCGUGAUAUUGCAAAGGGCUUCACGCUCGAAAUGGCACAGUUCCCAGAAGUUCGGCCCAUCAAUGUUGUUCCCCACGAGUGUGUGAAGCCCAUCAAGUUAACGAUGGCUCCAAGACUUGCUCUCAGCCGCACGGAGAUUAUUCAUCAGCUCUACCGCGAACUCACGUUGAAUGGGUCUGGCCUCUCGGUAGACAACAUCAUGAAGUUCUGCACUGUCGCAUUACAACACACUGCAGGCGAGGUACGGGAAGAGGCUGAGAAGAUCAUUGUGCAACUUUACAAAGAAGUCGGAUCACAAGUCAAGGAGUACCUACCGCCGGACGAUGACCGGACGAGAAAGAACGUCCUCUAUAGGCAACUGUUUGAAGCAUUUGAUAAGAUCGAUGGGAAGCCAUCCAAGGCUGAUUUAAAGAAAGCAAAGGCUGAAGAUGAAACAAAGAAACAGAAAGAGAUUGAAGCCCUCCAGGCCCAGCUUCAGCAGCUCAAGGACAUGACGUCGGGCAAGGCGCCGGUGGAUGAGAAGGUGAUCAAGGAGAAAGAUAAACCAAGAAAGAAAAUACGGGUACGCGAUCGUGCUGGGCGCCGGGAGGAUAAGGGCGGUGCUUUAGACAAUGCGCAGGAUGAGAAGAGAAAGCCGAAGAGAGCGCCCCCUAGUGAUGUCAACGAUGACGACACCUCCACCGUCGCGAACGCAGACCUCGAUACAACAUGCAUCUUCUGUGGAGAGAAAAAUUCUGACUUCAAGGGCGAGGAGAAUCUAGACCUUCACUACUGGAAACACUGUCCCAUGUUGAAACGCUGUGCUAACUGCAAACAGGUGGUUGAGAUUGCUGGCCUCACCGAUCACUUACUGGAGGAAUGCGACGCGAAGAGCAACUUUGCAAAAUGUCCGCGUUGUACCGAGGCUAUACCUAAACCAGAACACCCGGAACAUGUGCGGGAACAGUUGUGUCCUGCUGCUAAGAAGGGUCUGAACCACUGUCCACUGUGUCAUGAGAACAUUGAUUCAGGAGAGGACGGCUGGAAGGACCACUUGAUGGGUCAAAUGGGCUGUAAGCAGAAUCCUCGCCGAGUUAUGGCCUUGGAGAAAAACAAAGGAGGGAAUAAAGCUAAACCAAGCGGUGGAGCUAAAUCACAACCGACCAAGGGACGGUCGAAUCUACCCAAGCCGAGGACAACCGCACGUCGGUAGAUAGAACAACAGAUGACUGCCCUCGUGAUGAAGAGAUGUAAUGAUUCCAUAGUUGUCACGUACCACCACCGAUCAGUGGCUUUGAUUAAGCUUCUAGGAGUGAAUCAAAGUAGUACAAAACGGCGAAUGUGGGGUUCCUUUCAAAUACGUCUGGCAAAUCUCAUGACACCUAGACACGUGACCAUGAUGAUGCUGUCCUAACAAAUUCAUGCCAUUGUGUAACACUGCUAGAUUCAAAAGGAAUUGACUUUGUUGAUAAGUACUUGCAGGGUACUUGACGGGAUCAGUUUUACUUGAAUAAGCAUUCCUUCCGAAAAUAAGAGAAUGUACCAUGCAAAUAUGAAAAACAUUUUAUAAGUACACUCAGUCACACUAUUUUCAAAACAAUGACUGCAGCAUUUGUUAAUUUUUCGUAGAUUUUUGCUUUCUUGUUAAAUAUCUGUCAGACUUAUUCAUAUACUGUGUAUAUUGGGUUAUUUUAGCUGUGAUGACUUGUCCUUUUCUUGUCUUGAACAGUUGUUGAGCAACUGAAGCUUAAAUUAUGACUGACGCUUUUUUUUGUGAGAAGAAUCGGUUAAAAUUUACAAUCCCCAAACGAAAAUGACGGCAUUAGACUAUAAAUCCAUUGAACAAUGGCACUUAUUUCAACAGUUGAUGACCCUUUUUGGCCAUGAUCGGGGAUUGUAUUAAAACACAUUCUCGAGACUCCAUAUGAUGCAGGGAUAUGCUCGGAAAGAGUUGACAAUAUUGUCGAUUUUGGUCAAUUGAUUUGGUAGCCAUAGAGGUUGUUAACCCUUUCCAUGCAGAGGUUUUUGACAAAAAAUUGCAGUCAAUAGCAUAGAGCUACACAAGCAAGUAAAAAACCCACAGGAUAUGACGUAAAAUGUAUACAGAAGUAUCAUUGGUAGCGCAGAGUAUAAGAGCUCAGUGGGUAAACAUGACCUACCAAGAACCUUAGGAUGGGAGAGAUCAAGUUGGCCAAAUCAUGUUUCCCAGCUGCAGAGAAGGCUUGAAAACCCUUAUUGGGCUAUUGUUAGGAUUACAUAUACACUAGAACGUCACUGAGGACACUUGUCUUGUUCAGGAAGAGAAAAUGUGAUCAACCUUGGUCUACAACCAAUCCCUCUCUUGAGUCAACUCAAAAAAGCACUUGUCAAAUUUUGCAUAGCUCCAAUUAAAAUUACUGGUCCCGAUUACUUAAGACUUAUGCAAGCUUGACUUUAUUACACUGCUGCUGCUCACUUGAGUGUAUAUUGUAUCACUGUCCAAGCACAGAGCCAGCGUUGACUUAUUUUUUUUGUCCUCUACUUAUAAUCCUGUCGCAUUGAAUCUAUUUAUUUUCAAAUUGGUCACUUUCUUCCUUGAGGCAGGAUCCUCUUGGGAGAUUGGAGACCCCGAUUGUAAUAAGAAAUUAACAUUCCAUUAAAAGUAUUUAAAUAUCCUGCAUCAAUGAAUUGGGACUACCAUAUACGCAAUAUUCUUUCGUGUGGGAAAUUCGGUAAAAAAGUACAAAAUCAGUAGGUUUAGUACCAGAACCGUUGCAACUUGGAGACGAAGUUCCCAAAGACAUUUUAGUUCAUUUGGCUAUUAUUUUAUCUGUAUGAGAUAUCACUCACGCAUAUCUAAUUUCACUCGUUGUAAUGAGGAACCUGCAGAACUAAAAAUCCAGAUGGCAGCACCAGUACUAAAAGGUACACUUCCAGUGCAUUUUCCAUCAAAAUUAUUAAGUUUUGUUGAUUUUCUUCCUAAAACUCAUCAAAAUAGAUUUAAGGACCAAUAAAACAACAUCUUUGGUGCUAUUUCCCCAUGAAGAGUAAUCAAGGGAUGAAUAUUCAAUCAUCAUUGACUGGGAAAUGGUUUUCUCAACAGGCCAACAAGGCCUUAUACAAUGAUGAUGAUGAUUACAACCAUGGUCCACUUGCCUGCAGGGCCUCCUAUUGGCAGGUUUUGUUGUGCAGGUUCCUCAUUGUAGUUUAUCAGGUAAAUGGAAGGGGUGACAGAUACUUACAUAAUACAAUGGCUAAUAUUUAUAAAGACUAGUAAAUGCUUUUACUACAGUUUUCUACAGAGAUGGCUAGUGUAAAUGUACAUGAAGUUUCAAGUAAAAGCAUUUACUAGUCUUUUAUAAAUAUCAGCCAUUGUCAGCCCUGUCUGUCUGAACGAUUAGUUAUGCAUGAGUGAAAUCACUCACGAAUCAAAUAAGAUUGUCUUCGAUUGAAGACUGUGUUUCCCACCUUGCUUCUUGUGCAGCAGUUUGAGCCCAUUUUCUAUUUAAAAAAACUUAUCUAUACUAGUAUGUGUAAAGAAUAAAUGUAUGCAAUGAAUUUCUGGUGCAAAAGCUGCUGAAGGCCAUUCUUAACCCCUUGAUGAUGGUUGGCGACUAAUUUGCAAAAUGAUGCCUUUUUAGCUCACCUCUUAGCAGAGGUGAGCUUAUCCCAUACCGUGGCGUCCGUCGUCCGUCGUCGUCGUAGUCGUCGUCGUCGUCGUCGUCGUCGUCGUCGUCGUCGUCGUCGUCGUCGUCGUCGUCCGUCGUCCGUUAGCAGGGCACGUUUCGUAACUGUUAGAGCUAUUGAGUUGAAACUUGGUACACAUGUACCCUUAUGUAAUGACACCUGGGAGACCAAGUUUCGGUCCGAUUCGUUUCAUGGUUUGGCCACCAGGGGGCCAAACGUUAAAAGUGAAAAUAUGCAAUAUCUCCCUUAAUAGUAGUCGGGAAAUUUUGAAAAAAAUAUGGUAGGUACUUCUAGCAAAGGUGCAUCAUAUAUCCUCCGGGUUUUUGAUUUGACCUCCUUUUCAAGGUCACAGAGGUCAAAUGGUGUAAAUUAGCCGUUAGGAUGUAACGAUGGCACGUUUCUAAACUGCAAUGACUAUUGAUACCAAAUUUGGUACACAUUUACCCCUUUAGUCAGGUGAUCUCAGGGACCAAAGUUUGGUCCAAUAUGAUUCACCACUUGACCACGAGGGGGGCAAAAUCCAAAAACCUUAAAAAUGUGAUUAUUCCUUAACUUCUUGCCCGAUUGCCACCAAUUUGAUAUCAUGGGUACAUCUAACCACCAUACAGUAUAUGUCACACAGGUUUUUAAUUUGACCUUCUUGUCAAGGUCACAGAGGUCAAAUGGCGUAAAUUCGCCGUCAGGCCGUUACUAUGGCACGUUUCUUAACUGCAAUGACUAUUGAUCACAAAUUAAGUACACAUGUACCCCUUGGUCAGGUGAUCUCAGGUACCGAAGUUUGGUGCGAUCUGAUUUGCCGUUUGGCCUCCAGGGAGGGGGCCAAAUCCUAAAUUCUUCAAAAUGCCAUUAUUCCUAGUAAUGACUUGCCCGAUUGGCACCAAUUUUAUAUCAUAGGUACAUCUAAUUCUAACAACCAUUCAAUGUGUCACCCGGGUCUUCUUUGAUUUGACCUACUUUUCAAGGUCACAGAGGUCGAAUGUACUGUAAAUUGGCCAUUUUGGGGAAAUUGUAAUUGCUUGGACCUACAUCAAACCUAACACUACAUGACACAAGACCAUGCUCUUUAUCCAUCUUUCCUCCACAUGAGGUGAGCACAAUGGCCCUGGCCAUUUCAUUCAUCAUAUUAGUAGCUAACUAAAAGAAUGGUAUAGCCCCAAAAUAAUCCCGUUCGGGGGUAAUGAAGCCCAAAAAAUACCAUCCUCAAGGGGUUAAAAAAUGAGGUAAUUGAUGUAAUGGGAUCUGAAUACCCAUCUGUUUCAAUGCAAAACCUCAAAGAUCCCAUAGUGAUCAUGUCAAAAGAUUCGGUGGAUUUUGCAUCUGAAAUCUUUAUCUAUAGGUAGAGUAUUUUAAAGAAAUAAAUUAUGAAUCACAUUGUCA